AUGAUCACCAAGCGCGGCAUCGAAGUCGACCCAAAGCAAAUCACCGCAGUCCAGGGCUUGCGCGCGCCAAGAAACACAUUGGAGAUCCAGUCUCUGAACGGGAAAAUUGCGGCGCUAGGAAGGUUCAUCCCAAGAUCAGCAGACAAGUGCGCUCCAUUCUUCAAGACACUGAAAAACGGCGCGCGAUUUUCAUGGACCAAGGAGUGCGAAGCGGCCUUCCUAGAGCUCAAAGCAUAUCUUGUUUCCCCCCUGUAUUGA